AUAGGAGCAAAUUGGUCCAUUGGGACGCCAACUGACUCUCUCCACAGUAAUCGACCCUCUCCCAGCAGAAAGAAAAAUAAAAUAAAAUAAAAUAAAAACAGAGCAAGCAAAUGGCCCCUCCCUCCGCCGUCCCGUUCACCGCCGUCGUCCUCCUCCUCGUUGCAACCGCGGCGGCCUCGGCCCAGCUCCGCCCGAAAUACUACUCCCAGACGUGCCCCGACGCGGAGAGGAUCGUCCGGGAAGUGAUGAGGAAGGCCAUGAUCAGGGAGCCCCGGAGCGUCGCCUCGGUCAUGAGGUUCCAGUUCCAUGACUGCUUCGUCAACGGCUGUGAUGGCUCUCUGCUGCUCGACGACACGCCGACGAUGCUGGGGGAGAAGCUGGCCUUGUCGAACAUAAACUCGCUGAGGUCCUUCGAAGUGGUCGACGAAAUUAAGGAUGCCUUGGAGAGAGCCUGCCCCGGCGUGGUCUCUUGCGCGGACAUCGUGAUCAUGGCCGCAAGAGAUGCCGUUGCCCUGACCGGAGGACCUGAUUGGGAGGUGAAGUUGGGCCGGAAGGACAGCUUGACAGCGAGCCAGGAAGACUCGAGCAACAUCAUGCCGAGCCCAAGAAGCAACGCCACCUUCUUGAUCAAUCUCUUUGCUAAGUUCAACCUCUCGGCUAGAGACAUGGUGGCCCUCUCGGGCUCUCACUCCAUUGGGCAGGCACGGUGCUUCUCCAUCAUGUUCAGGCUUUACAAUCAGUCUGGGACGGGCAAGCCCGACCCUGCUAUGGAUCCCGAGUACAGGCUCAAGCUCGACAAGCUGUGCCCACUUGGCGGGGAUGAGAACGUCACCGGGGACCUCGACGCCACCCCUAGAGUGUUCGACAAUCAGUACUUCAAGGACUUAGUGGCAGGGAGAGGGUUCUUGAACUCGGACCAGACGUUGUAUACCAUGGCGGAGACCAGAGACUACGUUCGGGCUUUCAGCAAGGACCAGAUCGAGUUCUUUAAGGCUUUCGUAGAGGGAAUGAUUAAGAUGGGCGACUUGCUAUCGGGUCGGCCCGGGGAGAUCCGAAAGAAUUGUCGGGUCGUCAACAGUUGGCCCGUGGACAUUUUGCUGGAGUCUUAAUAUAGGACAAAAUGUCGUAUUAUUAACCAUGGCCAUGGGAUAAUGCAUCGAUCACGAAGCGAGGCAAAUAGUAAAUGUAGUGACAGUUUGGAAGCAUAUAGAGAUUUAACUGAUCUAAAUCCAUAUUCCGUGUC